AUGAGAGUUUUUAAAAUCACAAAUCGUCCACAAGAGCUACGCAAAUGUUUCGACGAUAAGGACGAACUUCUCCAAGGGUUCCUGAUGUGCUUGGAGCAGAAAAUGGAUGGUUGUGUCGCUGAUAGAAACGGUCCACAAAUUCAAAAAACAAACAUCAACUCGUUGUUCGCAAUCGGCGAGCAUAAAAUUGCCAACCAUUCAGCAGCUGUGCAGUCAAUAAUCGCCCCGAUAAGGCAUGUCGUAAAUGCUGCUGGGGAAUUCGCCAAAUGCAUCAAGGACUGUUUCCUACAGAAGAAUGCCCACGGAUUCUGCUUUGACAGGAAGAAGUAA